GCCGUGAACACAGAGGGGCUGUUACCAGACAUGUAUUGGAAGGUCAUUUAUUUCUUUGAGCAAUUGAACAGAGUCGGUAUAUGUAGGGGAGAGUGCCGUGAGCAGGGGGGCCUAUGCUUGAGGCCCUCCAUGACUCAGAAAUGCGUCAUGCUGUCAACCACGCAAGCAGCGUUUGUGGAUGUCGUAAGUUGGGAAUGAGAUUUGUUUUGUGGCAGGUUUGGCGUUUCGUGUUACCGAGGGUAGCUAUGCCGUGCGUUUCUUUGUAUGAGGACAACCGGGGUGUCAUUCAGAUCGCAUUCAACCUCAAAUUCCAAUUCGAAGCACAUUGAUUGACGUUCGGCACCACAUGAGAGUAGGUAGAACGAAGGAAAUCGAGAUUAUCCACGAAACGUCUCAGUACCAACAUGCUGAAUUGCUACAAAGGCCUUGCCUCAGAGGGAGUUUGAGUUUCACCGCGAGAUAGUGAUGAACUUGGGGUGGUUUCUCUCUCGGAUAGUGUUCGAUUUUCUGACUUCUAUUUGGGUGUGUUUCUUGAUUUCUGAUUUAUACUUUCACCAGGGUUCAUAAGAGUUUGGAUUCAAUAUGAUCGAUGGAAAUGCUGAAGAGUAUUUUUGGUUUAAUGAUCAUGGAUAUGUUUGCAGAUGAGAGGGAUGGAGUUGAGUGUUUUGGACUGCAACAUGUUUGCCUUCCAGACUUUUGAAGCAAAUACCCGUCAGUAUUGGUUUUGGGAAUGUAUGUUUAACUAGCAGUCCGGUUGAAUCAUGACAAUGCUGAGAGCAGGGGGGCUGUUGGACGUACUCACCCCAUUGUCAGAUUGCAGACAAGAAUCUGUCGAAAAGAUGGAACGAAGAAUUUCGGGGGUUUCGUGUUUGUAUUGG